GCAAACAUUUCUACAAGGAAACAUGCUCAUUAUUGGCUUUAAGCCCAAAGACCUCUUUUUCCUUGCGCCCACUCCUUUUCUGGAGGGCAGGAUUGAUUUGUAGCAUAGACUAUGUCGUCUUAUGAGAAUGAAGAGUCAAGAUGGAACCUGAGACAUCUCAGAGGGGUAGCUGAACUCUUGCAGCCCGUGGCUUUACGUAGUGAGUCUAGUAUGUUUUUGCCAGUGAAACCUACCAGUUGCAUUGACCAAUGUUUGCACAUUCCUGGAAAAGCAGACUCUGCAUACAGUUCCUUCUCGGGGGGAUCAAAUUUUCCAGAAUAUCCUACCCCUUUGUGCUUCAGUGAGCAUGAUUCUCUGAUGAUUCAAGAGCAGCUGCCAUAUAUGGACUCCGGAUACGUGAGAAGUAUUUAUAAUCCUAGUGCAAUGCAUUUUGAGUUUAGGCAAAUGUAUGAAAACAAGAUGGUGGGAAAGAGCAGUCAUCAUAAGUUGGAGGAUGCUGAUCCCAAAAGGGCAUAUGGAAGCACUCCUUUUCAUGUGAUGUUAUGCCGGCCACCAUCACCACAAACCAUGUUUCCAUUUCAUCCACCGUCCCCGCCGGCUCGAGCAGACAGCUACGAAACUAAGCAAAAUGUAGGUGAAAGUCAUUCUGAAAGUUGCUUUGAGCACAGCACACAACCAGAAGUCUGCGUUCAAGACAGCAGCAACAACCGACCUUUUGACUCCCUGGCACACUGUUACGAUGGUUAUUGGCUAUCUAGAUGUGAGGAUGAAAGUCCAGUUACAGAAUCGGGGGAUAUUUGGCAUCCUACCAAUCAGUGUACCGCAAAGAAAAAUAACUCUGCCUUUGACUCAAAACUUUCUUUAAGUGUUCAAGAAAAUUUUAAAUCUGAUUCUUUGGCCAAGUCUCAGAAGAUUUUGUGUGCUGAAAAUUCAGUCCAUGGUUAUAAAAUUCCUGAGGCACUGAACUCUAAGUCCUCUCCUUCAUUACGUACCAGCCACAAUGCUGUUAAUGAUAUACAAGAGAACAAACAGUAUUUUUAUGCCUGCAGUGUACACAAACCGCCCUUUGCAGAAGCAGCUCUGCCAAGCAGUGUGGCAGGAUCCAGCUUACAGGAGGGACAGCUUCACGGAGCUCUGCAUCCGUUCAGAGUUGACGAACCUUCAGGUCUGGAUCAGGAGAUCUAUGAGUGCAGUUCAGGCUUAAAAUUCACGGGCAACCCUCUUCCUAAUAAGACCGCACUGAGGAUAAUUCAUGGCUAUGAAGACAAGAAAUGCUUCCUCAGCUGCGAGGAAGGAAACAGCCGUGAUGUUUGGCAGCCACUUCUGAAACAGCGAGCUAGAAUGCAGAAACCACCUCAUGGUUUGAACUUUGCGGAAGCUCUUCAUAAGGAGAUGUAUGGGGCUGUCAGUGCAGUUUCUCAUUACAGCCAUGAGGCAGAGGACUCUGUAUUCCAAGCCAAUGGAUUUAGAAAAGCAAAGCAAAGUGAUAACAAUAGAAGCCUCAACCUUCUUAUAAGCCCCAGGCAAGAGGAAGAGCUGAAGGCAGUCCACUUUCCAAAACAGCAGUUCUCUAAGAAGACUGAAAGUCGUUUCCAGAGUGACACUGCCAGUGAAAAGAUUAACAGAAAGACAACUCCCUUGCUUUACUACCUUUCUGGUGGGAAACAUUCCAGCUUUAUCAGUCAUCACAACCAGGCUCAGGAACAAGAUGGAUUCUCUAUGAAAUCCCCAAGCAGCAAUCACCCAGUCUCUGCGGAACCAGUAGAAAUACCAAGAGACCAUAAUAACCACAUCAGUGAGAUUGCCAGCAAAGAUGAAGAAGUCAUUCUGGGAAGCCCUGCAUCUUCAGUGGAUGAGAAGUUCAAGAAUGAUUACCGAGAAAAACUUAAAAUUGCUCAGCGAAAGGUGCUGAGGGAAACAUCUUUUAAGAGAAAGGAUUUGCAAAUGAGCUUGCCCAUUCGGCUAAAGCAGAAACCUCCUUCAAGGCCAUCCAUUCAGCAUCUCAGGUCUAUGUCAUUAUCUAGUACAAAUGAGGACUGCACAUUGAUGCCUCCGUCCAAGCCGCUGAAAGACGUAGAUGAAGAAGAAGAAUCAAAAAGGCCACAAACUGUUCGAAUUGGUGGAAGAAAAAGGACCACCAAAGAGCAAAAGAAGAUCUCAUAUUCUGAACCUGAGAAACUGAACCAACUGGAUGAUCAGAGAGAUCAAAGUGUCUUAUGGAGGCAGAAAAAUGCAAGGUCCCGAUCUGAUGAGAUUAAUGAACAAGAUACCAGGAUUGUCAGGGGUAAAGCUCUGGAAAAUCAAGGCCAGAUUCUUUCUAAGGCAGAACUGAAGCUAAUACAACACAAUGCUCUUCUUUGGUACAUGGAACGAAAGACUGGACAAAGGCCCAGUGCUGCAAAGAAUUGUCCCCAGCAGAAGCUCCCUUUGCAGCCAAAGACUUCAAAGAGGUUUGUGGAAAGUGGCACCUCCAAUCCCAGUAUCAGUAAAACGUUACAGAAUAUGGAUGGUCUGGAUCAAUUUCCUGCUCCAAGGAGAAUUCCUGAACUACCUAGUCUUCUGUCUGCUCCAGCUCCUACAACCACCAUCACCAGUAGAUGCGGUGCCAGUUCUCCUGUGCUGGAAAUAGCUAAUUCAACAGUGCAGGCUGCUGUCAGUGAGGGAAGCUGUGCUAGCAAGUGUGCCUCAGCUAAAAGCCGCCUUCACUCAGGUUCUUCUGCUUCCAGCAAAGGCCAAGGGAGAUCAAAAUCAGCUCCUUCUCCUGUGCAGGAUUUUGGCACACCUACAGCUGGUUUGGCGUUGCCUGCUCAGGAACAGGAAUACUAUCCAAUGCACCCAGACUGCUCUGUGCCUGAGAAAGAAGGCUCUGAUCUGGGAGACAGUAGAGAAGAAGUGAAUGCUACAGACAAUUCAUCUUGUGCAGAGACGGCUCUUGAGUCGCCGGCUUCUUUCUCCAAAGAGAAGGGCAACAAACACUCCCACUUUGAGAAAGAAGUCGGUGACAAAUUGCAAGAGUUUGAUGCCCCUGGGAGUACUAAGUGGCAGCACUCGGAGGCAAAUGACACUGUACGUCAGUCAGAGAACAAGACAUGCGACUGCACAGCUCCAACGGAGAACCAGGAAUGUAACAGUAGCAGUAAUCCAUUAACGAAUUUAAAAGCCCUGCAGAGCGAGCAUGAUCACAGCUUCCCAGCACAAAGCACAGAUUUGCCUGCCUCACAGGCAAAAUCUCUGGAGGACCAGAGGUGUGAAGAUCUUGUGACGGAGAUUACUGCCAAAGACAAGUCUCUGGUUGACAUCCUCAUGCCCCAUCGUGUUAGGAAAACUGUGCUGGAUCUCAUGGAAGGCCUUUUUCCUGUGAACAUCUCUGCUUUAGACAGAACCUGCAGAAGGAAAUGGAGAUUUCAAUCUGUCCAAGAAAAUGACAGCCAGCAGGCAGCAGGCAGCUCUUGUGGAACCAGGAAUUCUCUUGGACGAAGAGCAGAAGCUGAGACCCUUCACAUAAACCCAGCCCUGAGAGAAAACAGAGAGGACUGGGAUGAUCCAGAGAGCAUCACAUCCAAGAAAAGAGAGCUCAUCUCCAGCAUCCAGCUCAGGCUGCAGGCUCUGUGGGACGAGAGGACGCUGGUCCAGUCAGAGGCUCAGGAGCACGCUGCGCGCAGCAAGGAGCUGGAGUCGGUGGUGCAGGGCCUCUGCAAGCCCAAUGAGUACGAGCGCUAUAUGAUGUUCAUUGGUGAUCUGGAGAAGGUGGUGAGCCUGCUCUUGUGCCUGUCCAGCCGCCUCGCUCGGGUCCAGAACGCUAUGGGAGCCAUGGAUGAAAACACAGACGCCGAGGAGAAGCAGUCACUACACGAGCGGCACAAACUCCUGUCCAGGCAGCGGGAGGAUGCAAAGGACUUGAAAGAAAACCUGGAUCGCAGAGAAAGGGUGGUGUCGGGAAUUCUUUCCAAAUACAUGGAUGAGAGUCAGCUGGAGGACUAUCGGCACUUUAUACAGGAGAAGACCUCCUUACUGGUUGAACAGAAGGACCUUGAGGAACAGAUACAGUUUCUUGAAGAGCAACUAGAGAGGUUGGAGAAGAGUCUUCUGCCCUAAGGCCACCUUCACAAGCAACGCUUGUGCUGGAAAUCCAUCGGCACGCCCUGACAUUGACGAAGAAGCAAACGGGCUUGUUUGACGACCUCCCUUGGCACCCUCGUGUUGACGAAGGCUUAAUUGGCUGUGACAUGCAUUCUUAGGGGAGAACGACAAAACCUUAACUGUAGGUAGCAGGUGUUAUCUUGACAUUAUUGAUUCAAUGACAAAUUGGUGUGUUUUUUCUUCCCUGCCAACUGCCAGUCUGUCCCCAGACUGAUACCAGCUCAAUAAAAAAUAGCAAACCACCUAUUGUG